CGCGAGAGGCCCCAGAGCCGCGCGUCGCCGAGCCGAGCGGACCGCGAGCCCCAUGGCUGCUCCGCGCGCCGCGCCCCCGCGCUGCCGGCCCCGGCUCCUGCUGCCUCUGCUGCUGUUGCUGCUGCUGCCCGCGCCGAGCGACGGUCUUGGCCACUCUGCCGAACUGGCAUUUGCUGUGGAGCCAAGCGAUGAUGUUGCAGUCCCUGGGCAGCCUGUAGUGCUGGGCUGCAAGGUGGAGGGGACCCCUCCAGUGCGAAUCACCUGGAGGAAGAAUGGGGUGGAGCUGCCGGAGAGUACCCACUCCACCGUGCUGGCCAAUGGGUCCUUGAUGAUCCGCCACUUCCUGCUGGAUGGAGGAGGCGGCCCUUCAGACGAGGGGGACUAUGAGUGUGUGGCUCAGAACCGCUUUGGGCUGGUGGUCAGCCGGAAGGCUCGAAUCCAGGCUGCAACCAUGUCCGACUUCCACGUGCACCCCCAGGCCACCGUGGGUGAGGAGGGCGGUGUGGCCCGCUUCCAGUGCCAAAUCCACGGGCUUCCCAAACCCCUGAUCACCUGGGAGAAGAACAGGGUCCCCAUUGACACAGACAAUGAGAGGUACACACUGCUGCCCAAGGGGGUCCUGCAGAUCACAGGCCUUCAGGCUGAGGACAGCGGCGUCUUCCACUGUGUGGCCUCAAACGUCGCCAGUGUCCGGGUCAGCCAUGGGGCCAGCCUCACUGUGUCAGGCUCGGGCUCUGGGGCCUACAAGGAGCCUACGAUCCUCGUGGGGCCUGAGAACCUCACCCUGACUGUGCACCAGACCGCCGUGCUCGAGUGUGUCGCCACGGGCAACCCGCGCCCCAUUGUGUCCUGGAGCCGCCUGGAUGGUCGCCCCAUUGGGGUGGAGGGCAUCCAGGUGCUGGGCACGGGGAACCUCAUCAUCUCAGACGUGACCGUCCAGCAUUCGGGCGUCUAUGUCUGUGCAGCCAACAGGCCCGGCACCCGGGUGAGGAGGACGGCACAGGGCCGGCUGGUGGUGCAAGCCCCAGCAGAGUUUGUCCAGCACCCCCAGUCCAUCUCCAGGCCGGCUGGGACCACAGCCAUGUUCACCUGCCAAGCCCAGGGUGAGCCGCCCCCUCAUGUGACGUGGUUGAAGAAUGGACAGGUGCUGGGGCCAGGAGGCCACGUCAGGCUCAAGAAUAACAACAGCACCUUGACCAUUUCUGGAAUCGGCCCUGAAGACGAGGCCAUCUACCAGUGCAUGGCCGAGAACAGCGCUGGCUCCUCUCAGGCCAGCGCCAGGCUGACCGUGCUGUGGGCCGAGGGCCUGCCCGGGCCCCCCGUCAACGUGCAGGCGGUCUCCGUGUCGUCCACUGAGGUCCGCGUGUCCUGGACCGAGCCCCUGGUCAACACCAAGGAGAUCAUCGGCUAUGUCCUGCACAUCAGGAAGGCUGCCGACCCACCAGAGCUUGAGUAUCAGGAAGCAGUCAGCAAGAGCACCUUUCAGCACCUGGUGAGCGACCUGGAGCCCUCCACUGCCUACAGCUUCUACAUCAAAGCUUACACGCCCCGGGGGGCCAGCUCAGCCUCUGCCCCCACCCUGGCCAGCACUCUAGGUGAAGCCCCCGUCCCACCCCCACUGUCAGUGCGGGUCCUGGGCAGCUCCACCCUGCAGCUGCUGUGGGAGCCUUGGCCCCGGCUGGCCCAGCACGAGGGCGGCUUCAAGCUGUUUUACCGCCCAGCAAGCAAGGCCUCCUUCACCGGCCCCAUCCUGCUGCCUGGAACUGUCUCCUCUUACAACCUCAGCCAGCUCGACCCCACUGCAGUGUACGAGGUGAAGCUGCUCGCUUACAACCAGCAUGGGGAUGGCAAUGCCACAGUCCGCUUCGUGUCUUUGAGGGGAGCAUCUGAGAGGACAGCCCUGAGCCCACCAUGUGACUGCCGGAAGGAGGAGGCCACCAACCAGACGUCUACCACAGGCAUCGUCAUCGGCAUCCACAUCGGGGUCACCUGCAUCAUCUUCUGUGUCCUUUUCCUCUUAUUCGGCCAAAGGGGCAGGGUCCUCUUGUGUAAGGAUGUAGAAAACCAGCUCUCCCCUCCUCAGGGCCCCCGGAGCCAGAGGGACCCUGGCGUCCUGGCACUGAAUGGGGCGGGACGGGGAGAGCGGGGCCAGCUGGGCCGAGACGGGAAACGUGUGGACAUGAAGGAACUGGAGCAGCUAUUCCCCCGAGCGGGGGCCGUGGGGCAGCCUGACCCCAGACCCACGGUGUGAAAGAAAAUGUCUACCUCGAGGCUCGCUGGCUCUCGGGCCUGUGCUGUAUCAUUGGACCCUCCCUCCUGGCUCCUCACCAAGGGUGGGCUUCUCGGGGCCUGCAGAAAGAAAGAUGGAAUUGGUCAAAGAAAAUGUGAAAAAAAAAAAAAAAAGCCAAAAAUAAGAGGAGAAUUUGUUCCUGGGAACAAAAACUAGGCACUUCCCAGCACGCUGCCAGCGCUCCGUCUUGUCUGCCCGUCCACUCCCAUUUUGACCCUCUCCGCCAACUCAUCCUUGACUGGGACCCCCAGGACCCUCUCUGCACGUGGGCCUUGGGAGGGUGGGCUGUCACCCCACAGCCUGCCUCCUGUCCUGCCCACAGAGCCGCUGGAGCAGACUGGCCUCCGGAAUGUACUGUGUGUGUGUGCAAGGGGGGAGGGUCCCAGCCCACUGUCCCAUGGGACGCUGCCAGCUGGACCCAGCCCCUGGACAGUGGAACAACCAAUGUCAGCAGAUGUGGCCGGAAGCUAUUUUUCUAUAAGGUGUGUUUAAGGAUUUAUGUUCUUGUGACUUCUUGUUUCUCUUUUCUGUUGUGUUGUUCUUUGAAAGACUUAAAGAUGAAGAAAAAAAAAAAAAAACCAAGGAAACAAAUACCUAUUUUUGGUUACACUCAGAAACAUUUUUUUAAAUAGCAGAAAGAAAACUUUUUUUUAAAGGAAAAAAAUGUGCAUUCCUUAAAUAUGAGAUUAGACCAUAAAGUCCCUGACCCCCAACCCUCUAGGGACCCCCACCCCAAACUUUAGUGAAUUAGCUGAAGAAGGUACACUUGGUGGUGUUUUCCUGGAAGACUGCAGUUUCACCUGUGUGGACUCGGGGAAGGUCAUUGUCCCUUCUCCCCAGUACUGGGCCUGAGUCCAGGGCACCUCAAACCUCCCAGGCAGUACCCCUUGGUCCCUGCAGUGACUUCUCUGCACCUCCCUUCACCCUGGAACCCCCUCUUCCCAAGGGAAGGGUGGGUCUGGGGGAGGGGGGCCACCUGGCCUGUCUUGGGUUUUGUCACACUCAUUUUGACUGAAUAAAAGUCCUGUUGCCAAAGUGGA